CAUCUCCCCAAGUAUCAAAGCUCACAUAUUUCUCUCAUACAAAUCCUUCAAGAACAAUAUAUUACUUUUUCUUUCGAGCAACAAGAAACGAUGGCUUUCCGUAUUCCAGGUAUUAGACGGGCCACAUCAUUUUCUACAUCCAAGGGAACUAAUGUUCCAAAAGGCUAUCUUGCAGUCUAUGUAGGAGAUAAGAUGAAGAGGUUUGUGAUUCCGGUAUCAUACUUGAAUCAACCUUCAUUCCAAGAAUUACUAUGCCAGGCCGAAGAGGAAUUCGGAUAUGAUCAUCCAACUGGUGGUCUCACAAUUCCAUGCAGUGAGGAAGAGUUCCAAAACCUCACUUCUGAAUUCAGUGGACAGUAAAUUGUGCUAAUAGAGACUGACAUAGAUUAGAUGAGACCAAAUUUUGUACAGAAGGCUGUUUCUUUUAUUUUGAAGAUUGCCCAUUUUUGUAUCUUCCUUGUAUCAUUCCUUUGAAAAUGUAAAAAUGCUAUGUGAAUGAGAAAGUUAUAC